GAUAGAGACCCUUUUUGAAUAGGAGGAACCUCGACGCGGCGGACAGCAAAGCCUGUCACCGUGACGGGUUCUACCAGUAUCUUGUGAAAAGAGAAACUAAACAACAUCAACAUCUACAGUACCUCUACAUCCAACAGCUCCUACUUCAACAGGAUGGAAGACGUCCAGCCAGCAUCGCAAAAUGUUGUAGUCGCGGCAGGCGGGGGGGAACUACUUCGUCAGGCAGAUGAGGCCGACGUAAAGUUGUCAAAGCAAAUCAAAGAAAAGGAUGAACAGCUGGUUUCGGACGACCGCGUCGCUGCAGUAGCCAUGGAAGUGGUUGACAACUCUGAAACCAGCGUGGGGGGCGGAAAAAAGCAACAAGAAAACGAAAAAGAGAGUCGCCAGGAGAAGCAGGCCGCCGACAACUCCGUAAACGAAGCAUCGAAGGUGGUUGAUUCCAAGUCUACUUCCAAAGCCGCUGCUUCCGCUCCGCCAAUGAAGGCGAUGAAGGCCGCUGCCGCAAUGAAAGUGGCUCCACCGAUGAAGCAAGCAAAAGCUGCUGCUGCUCCACCGAUGAAGGUCAUGAAAUCUGCUCCUCCUGCUGCAAGAGGAAAUAAAGCUGCCAGCUCCAAAGCCGCAACCGCAGCGAGCAGCAAAGAAACAUCAAACCACGUAGUUGACGCUGUUGAAGAAGACGCUGCUGAUGCUGACGUGGAAAUGAAGCCUGUGAGCGAAGACGAGGACGAAAUGAAAAUAACCGAACAGCAAGAAGCCCCGAAAAAGAACGGCGCGUCGAAAGUAAGUGGUAAAAAGAAUAUUAAAGCUUCGGCUGAACAAGUUGUACCAGCAGCAGGGGGCAAAAAAUCAUCAAGCUCAAGUAGUUCGUCCUCUGCCUCCUCUUCCUCUUCUUCCGCGACCACAGCAGCUGCUGCUGCGGCCAGUACUACAACUGCCACAGCAAGUGCUGGGGCUGUCGACCCCGCCAACCCGCACUUGAAAGUGAAGAUCGGUCAUGUUAGUCAGAACGAGGAUACUGAGAUGGCAAAAAACCAACCGCGUGAAGAUGCCACUGCGUUCGCAAAGCUGGAUCCGACCGAGAAAUUCCUCGACGCACUGAAGCGGGAACACUGGAAGGACGUUUGUGAGACGUUUGCAGGUACUGAUGUGGCGUUCUCGUUUUCAUCUCGAACAAGACGAGAUGCAAUUUUUGUAGAAAAUUUGUAUUGGUGACUUGUGAUUCUGAUUUCGAUGAACGCGAGGGUAUGAUAAAGAAAAAACAUAAUGUCACGGUCACCAGUCUGAUACAGCAAAACCAAAAGCUGCUGCAUGCAAAAAACCUCUUCAAAAACACAGCCCUCCCCGCCGAGACGCAGUGGAAAGUUCUGUUGCAGGAGACGCAGAAAAUGACGUUUCCGUGUUCCCCGAACCGCAACAACAUCUAUUUUAUGCAUUGCAAAUAUGUCUGAGUCUGGAAAGAUGGAACUUGUGAUGCGUGUUGCAGAUCAUAAAAAAAUCUGUGUUGCAUGACUUGCAAAAGGUGCCCAUUUCUGGCCAACCUGAGAGGGCAUUUCUAAUGCAUUUCUCGCGCAGAAAAGGCAUCACCAAGAGGCUGCAGAACCUGUGAUGCUGGGCCCUGCAUUCCAGACUUGUGGUAGCUUGGAAAAACUGCAUGACAAAUUUUGAAAUCUUCGAGACCCAGACAUUUUUGCAAUUCAUCUAUUUGAACACCGCAAAAGAGGACGAACUGGGCGUCGGGGUCACCGGCGGUGUGGACAAACGCAAAACGCGGCCCUUUUUCAAUCUCGGCCUGCAAGCCUGCCGCCCGCUGGGAAAGUGCUCCAAGGCCAUGCGGGAAGCGGAUGGACGGAAGUUGAGCCUCCUGGUCAAUGUCAUGAUGAAGUGCGGCAAAGACAGGGCAUAUGCUGUGUAAAAACGUCCCCAACCCAUUGUCAAGAUGGGAAAUCUGCAACACAAAUCUCCAAACUUUGGGAGUUCUGCAUGACAAGUCUCCAUCUGCAGUGUAGUGCUGGUUAACAAGGAGAGCCGCAAGAGAAAGCCAUUUUUUCAUCCUGUUUACAGCAUUACAAAUACCAAAACACGACUGAAAAUGCAUCAUAUGGAGAUGCGCACUACAAGUGUUUCUGUCAUUGCGCAUGUGCGUGUCAACUCUGGGGUGAGAACGUUUUUACAAAUGAUAGGGCACCGAUGACCGUCACAGCCCGGGAGGACUGGUGGUAUUCGAGCUGCACGGUUAACCGCGGCGGGAUUACCAAUGUAAAAGUGAGUAUAUAAGUAAGUAAAAAGCUGUUGUGUGACUCCCGAACCCGAUUCAGGAAGGUUUGAGCGCAUGGCAUGCUCGGUUUCUUGCUAUCUUUCACGAUGUAGUGUUGGCUGCUCAGGGAGAUGAAAACCACUAAAAUCAGAUCCAUGUCGACGAUGGCAACCUGGGCCCCAGCCGACUUUUCGCCUGGGGGAAGGGCUUUGUGGGUGGACAAACGCUGCGCAUGGCAGAGGCGUCGGAGGUUGACGCUCUCGGCGUCGACGGGGUGGAAUGGUACCCCUGUCCGCGGGAAGCGCGCCUGGUGCCCAAAAGCCUGCAGGAAAGGGCGAGGGACUUCGGAAAUGGGAAAACCGAGCUAAAGCCGUUUAAGUAAUCAGAACUUGUCGCUUAGUCCUCCUCUCAAGUACAUCUACAUCCGAAUUGUUGCGCUUCGAUGCUUUUUCCGACUUAGCGUGAGAGAUGUACGUAGCACGCACUGCAGCCACUCCUAAUCACAUUCACAGGUUCAUGCGCAUGAGCGACCGGAAGAUUUUGAUCUGCGACAAGAAUUUUGUCGACGAGUCUGCGGACACAGAGGCGACACUCCUUGAUAUCGCCUUGCCAAUGGUCCUACGCAUUGCAAAAGAUCUAUCGUACUAGAACUAGUAUACAAAUACAUGACAUGAUGACAAGUUUUUCCAAAACAAAAAAUGGAGUGCAUCAUGCUGAAUCUCAAUCUUGAUCUUGUUCAGGUAUAAAAAAAGGAUUAGAUCCAUCUGUAAUGCGAGACUGGCAUUUAUAUGUAUUUAUGCGAGUGCGAUAGAACUUUUGCACAGGAUACAUCAGACUUACCUCCCUACACAGACUCGGCGACUUCGACGGAAAAUUACCGCACGCCACCGCGCCGGUUUUUCCGGCUAGCUGGCGAGACCAUCCGGAGGAAAGGCCGGCGUCAAUCCGCGACUGCAAGAACCUGGAGUGGGCUUCCUCCCCCGAGGAGGCAAAAAACCUGAUGGACGCAGCGAACGCCUGGGCGGGCGGGCAGGGCGCGGCGAAAUCUGGGACCGACAUCGUCCGGUACGUGUGUGUCUUCUAUCCGCACGGCUGCGCCGUCCCGAGCAAGUGCAUCGAGCGGUCCUGCGACGUGGUGGCCAGUCUCGGUUUCGAGAAACUGCGCGAGCCCUGGUCGCUCGAAGCCCGGAAAAAUUUCGACCAGUACAAGGAGCGCGUGAAUGUGCACGGGAAUAAGGGCGUUACGGUCAAAGUGGGUGGGAAGGAUGUGGUCUACAUGGGCGGCAAGGCGCACCUGCGCAGCGACAAGAUGAAGGACGAGGAGAACGAGAUCCAAGAGAAGGUACAGCAAAAACUCGGGAAGAGCUACGUGGUGCCGAAAAACUUCGUUUCGAACCACGCAGCUUUUGAAGAAAACCCCUGGUACAUGUACGACAACAUAUUUCGGGAAGAAGGUUUUGCGGACAGUGUGCGGAAAAUGCAACUACUGAACGGGAAUGUGACGCAGAUGGACCACAACGCUCCGGGAGCACAUGAUGGCGAACAAAACGAAAAUGAAGAUGAUGACGGGGAAAUAAACAGCGAGAACUCUGAAGAAGAUGCAGCUCCUGCUGAUGGUACAACAGGGAAUGGAGCUGGUGCGAAAAAGAAAACGAAGAAAGUCCGCACUGCGAAGUCGGAAACCGAGCAGGCGCGCCGGAUGAUGCGCGCUCCUUUCCGUGCGGUCGAGGGGCGGGUAUUGUCCUGGUUCAACGGGGAAAAGCCGACUGGUAGCGGUGACCUCGUAGGCACAGAUGAAAACGGCCCACUUCCAUCCACUUUGUCAUGCAAAACGCGCAUAAAAUUCCGUGUCUAUCAUGCAAAAAAUGGAUGGGGAUGGUUUUUUUUCUGUGGAUACCUCGGUCUGUUCUGCUACCGGGACCACCCGCCCAACUGGUGGUGGAUCCGGCCGCCGCACGCCGAAGCGCGGAACGUGCAGCCGGUUUUGGAUUUGAUGGAGCUGGCGUUUGGCCGCAUCGACAAGGAUCACUACAAGCAACUCCGGGAGGACCAGAAUCUCACCCGCGACGAGGCGCUUAAGAUCGUCAAGUGGGCGAAGACGCCACUCAAGGUUGGCAUUUCCACCAAGAAACUGGAGCUGUCGGUGCGGGCGACUGUGGAUAAGAACGGCGAUCCGCUGGAGAAGGCAGUUUUGGACAAGGACGGGGAGCCGGUGUUGCACCCUUUGACCGGAAAGCCGAAGAUGAAGCAGACGGGCGGCACGUGGAGAAUCCUUCUGUCCGCGCGGACGGAGGGCGAAUUCGCGCGACCGCAGCUGCACAAAAAGGGGCAUUGGGGGAAGUGGGAAAAAGACCGAAAUGCAGACUUUGUGCGCGAGGACACGCUGUCAGAAAUCGAACUGGAGGAGCAGUUGAAAGAACAUAAGAAGGAACUGAAGAAAAAGAAGGACGAUGCGGGGGCGGGCGACACUGCGACGGCGAAAGGGAAAAAGGAACCGAUGAAGAAAAGCGGUAUUAAGCUGGUGGGGAAAAAAGCAAAGGGCGAUAAAGUAGCAGGGGACGCCGGGGAGCAGGGCAAUGCUGAUACAACUGGUGCGGAAGGGGGUCCGGCGGCGGCGGGAAAGAAGAUGGUAGCAAAGCGACCACGGGGUAGACCACGGGGUAGCAAGAAGGCAGGACUCGAAGAUUUAUCGCUGCAAAAUGACGAAGCAGAAGCUGAAGUGGAAAUGCAGUCGUCCCCGGAGAACAAAAAGAGCAAAAAGCAAGGCGCGCUGGCGUCAUCAUCCUCAUCCUCCUCAGCGGUUCAGAAAAAAGAUCCAUUCCAGGCUGUGAAAAAAGCGAACAACUGAACUUAGAAUUUGACAAUGGAUUGUUAUAAUCCACCACGACGUUGAUCAUGAAGCAACGAUAGCCCCGAUAGGUUCCGCUUCAGUAUUCUAUUCAUGUUUGCGGACGUGUAUAAGCACGUGCUUUUUUUCGAAAUCAGGAACGAAAAUUUGAGGAAACGAAGUAUCGUGAUGGUUUGUUGAAUUUUUAACACCGAAAAUAAAUUCUUGUUGUGAAAAAAUCUUUUUCAGAAAGGUCUGAAAAUUUCAGUUCUUGGUCUACUGGACUACACGAAGUGCUCCUUUACGCGCAGUCGUGAUAGUACAUCUGGGACGAGAAGCUGCGGGGAGCCAGAGUGACGAUGAAGAUGAAAUUGCCUAUAGAAGAACAACAACCACAUUGCUUUUGCUUCAUGGUUAUUUCCGUACCACGAUGACUAAUCACAUGUACGUUUUUUUCACGUGUCAGUCCGCCUCUGCCUGGCGCCUCAGACAUUUUGUUGGUUGUCCGUAACCGUUGCUUCGGACGACCAGAUGGAAUCCCACGGCGGUUCAACAUGCGUGGUUGAUACGUAGUUGUAGAAAGACGAGCAGCAGGUACAAAUUAGCAAUGUUGUAGCUGCGAACAGGAUGGAGAGUCCGCAGUGAGCGACCCACGGCAACAAAGAGGGUCGUGACAUGUUUUGG